CUGCUUCUUGUGGCUCAAUUUUCUGCACACCAAUUACUACUUCUACUUGCUUACGAGAAAGACCUUCUACUGCAGAGUUUACACGCAUUUUAUAAUUUGAUAGCAGACGGAGGGAGAAUUAUACAAGGUAAUACCAUAUUGUUGGGUCGCCUUUCGUCCUCGUUCUGCACUUCAAUGGCGAACCCUCGGCUUCGUGGGUUGACUUGGUUGAGGCAAAAAUGGGGAAGAAAGGACUGGGCCAUCGCGGCUACAGGAUUCACACUUCUCAUGCUGGCUAUCAUAGUCACAUUAGAAACUUGGACUCAAGAGACCGAGUCGAGUGUAAACCAAUAUUUCAAUCCCGAUCCACCUCUUGUCGAUUUGACAUUGUUAAGUAAUAAUGCCAUGGAGAAAGGAGCGGUUUGUUUAGAUGGGAGCCCACCUGGAUACCAUUUCCUAAAGGGUUUUGGCUCUGGUGCUAAUAAUUGGCUUCUUCAUUUAGAGGGUGGAGGUUGGUGUGAUACAGUGGCAUCAUGCUCAAUGCGUAAAAGGACGGCAUUAGGAUCCUCAAAGUACAUGAAUCGCCAAGUUCCAUUUUCGGGCAUUUUAAGCAAUGAUCCUUCACAGAAUCCUGAAUUCUUCAACUGGAACAAAGUCAAAAUACGAUAUUGUGACGGUGCUUCUUUCUCUGGAAAUCCAGAAAGUGAAUUUAAGAAUGGAACAGAACUUUUCUUUAGAGGUCAGCUCAUCUGGAAAGAAAUAAUGGGUGAACUCCUUUCAAUAGGAUUAGCUCAUGUUAGCCAGGCGGUUCUUUCAGGAUGCUCUUCUGGUGGGUUGGCAACUCUUAUACACUGUGAUGAUUUCCGUGAACUUUUGCCGAAGGAUGCUAUAGUCAAGUGUGUUGCAGAUGCAGGCUUCUUCCUUGAUGUGAAAGAUAUUUCUGGGAACUCCGCUAUUCAAUCUUUCUACCGUAACGUUGUCGACCUCCAGGGUGUAGUGCAAAGUUUGAACAAAGAUUGCAUCUCCAGGAUGGAACCAUCUCAGUGUUUCUUUCCACAAGAAAUUAUUAAGAACACAAAGACCCCGGUUUUCCUGGUCCACCCAGCUUAUGACAUAUGGCAGAUACAAAACAUUUUGGUCCCAGGUGUGUCAGAUCCUCAUCAUGAAUGGCUAAAAUGUAGGCUAAACAUAUACAAUUGUAACCGCAGGCAGAUUAAAGUACUACAAGAAUUCCGGAGUUCACUGCUGAAGGCACUGGAAGAAUUUCGGCAAAAGAAGAAUGGGGGAAUGUUUAUAAAUUCUUGCUUUGUUCACUGCCAGACAUGGAUGACUAGCACAUGGCAUUCACCUGGCUCUCCAAGAAUCAAUAAUAAGACAAUUGCGGAGUCUGUUGGUGAUUGGUACUUCAACCGGAGAGUAGUCACAGAAAUUGAUUGUGCAUAUCCAUGCAAUCCCACUUGUUUCAAUAUGAUUUUGGUUGGACCAAUGGGCCAAAGAACUUAA